AUGAUCACCGGAAACAGUAAGACUAACCGGACAGGUGGCGCUGCAAACAGUGGUGAGCUCUCUGCCAUCCAGGGCAAAAACAGAAGCAGCAUCCGGCAAAUCGACCAAUGGGAUCUUGUGCUGGUGGGCCCACCCCUCAUCGAUGAAGUUGCCCUCGGCUCCCGAUCGUAUUCAUCUGUGCCUGCUGAACUCAGAGAUGAUUUGAGAGUUUCUAUUGACACUGAACUAAACUUUGGCUCUAUGAGAAAUAUAACCACAUCUGUUUUGACUUCUAUUAGAACUCAAGUGGAGAAUCUUCACUCUAUUGAAAUGAACAGGAUUCAGAGGUUUUUAGUGAAUGUGACUCUGGAUGAAGAAACCGCACAUCCAGCUCUGGAAGUGUCUCAAGAUGGCAAAUCUGUAAGAGUCAGAGGAAACGCUCACGGCAUCCAGAUCAGCCCCAGACGAUCUGAUCUGGUGGCUGGAGUCCUGGGAAGGUCUCAUAUCACAUCUGGAAGAGAAUUCUGGUUGGUGGAGGUAGGACAGAGAACGGGCUGGGAACUGGGCGUAGUGAGAAAAAAUGCAAACAGGAGAGGAACGGUCUUCUACAAACCCAGUGAAGGUUACUGGACCAUUGUGUUCUGUGGUCCAAACACGUAUGGAGCUUUUGAAGAAAAUCCCAUUCAUCUGCAUCUCUCCACCAAACCUCAGAAGGUGGGAGUGUUUGUUGACUAUGACAACGAUCUCAUCUCCUUCUAUAAUAUGAACUAUCAGUCACAUAUUUACACAUUCACUCAGUGUAGAUUCAAUGGAACAAUACGUCCAUAUUUUAAUCCUCAUGUCAACAGAGAUAUCAAUAAUUCAGAUACAAUGACAAUUUCUUCUGUUAAUCCAACAAUGUGAAAUGUGUAAUAUAUAAAGUAAAUAACUCAC